AUGAAUCAGUCAAAAUCGAUGAGCUUGCUAAAGAGACAGGCGAGGAGCCACUGCUGGUUGGCUAAGCUGAUAAGCACUACAGGACGCAUAAUGCGAUUCCUGGCUGCCAUGUGCGUAGUCAAGGAAGUAGUUCCAGGCUCGUAUACUUCAAUAACAUUGAUAGUCUAUUAUAGUGGAUAG